AGUUCUCUUAGUAAAAUGAAGUUAUCAGUAGUAGGAGUAGUGGGGCAGUUUCACGUACGAAAGAGAGGCUUGUUAGGAGCUCUUCUAAUAAUGAAUAUGGUCAUGGCAACACGCAUUGGCCUCUCACGCUCAGUGCACCCUCUUCUUAAAAACUCUCACUCAUUUCGUCCUUCUGCCCCUAAACAUUUACUCAAAUCCCAUCCUUGCCCACUCUGGUCUUCUUCCUUCUCCUUCUGCCUCCACAAAUCCACUAUCACCACCGCUACCCCUUCUUCACUCUCUCACUCUCGCUCUCGCUCUUGCUCUGCUCUCCCUUCUUCAUCCAUGGCUGCUGCUGCCGCCUCGAAUGCUCUUGAAGAUUCCCUUCAGGCCAACCCACUUCUCCAAGACUUUGAAUUCCCGCCCUUCGAUACCGUCGAAGCCACGCACGUCAGGCCCGGCAUUCGUUCCCUGUUGAAAAAACUUGAGGCUGAUUUGGAUGAACUGGAGCUUACAGUUGAGCCAUCAUGGCCGAAAUUGGUUGAGCCUUUGGAGAAGAUCGUUGACCAAUUGACUGUCAUUUGGGGGGUUGUCAACCAUCUCAAGUCUGUCAAGGAUUCUGCCGAGCUUCGUUCUGCCAUUGAAGAAGUCCAGCCAGAGAAGGUCAAGUUCGAGCUAAGGUUAGGACAAAGUAAGCCCAUCUACAAUGCAUUCAAAAAAAUUCAAGCAUCUCCUGAUUGGCAUACCCUAAGUGAAGCACGUAAACGUAUAGUGGAAGCCCAAAUAAAGGAAGCGGUUCUCAGUGGUGUUGCUCUUAAAGAUGAUGAAAAGGACAACUUUAACAAAAUUCAACAGGAACUGGAAAGACUAUCUCAAAAGUUUGAAGAGAAUGUUUUAGACGCAACAAAGAAGUUUGAGAAAUUAAUUACUGAUAAGAAAGAAAUUGAGGGAUUGCCAGCUACUGCUCUCGGGUUGGCUGCACAAACAGCUGUUUCGAAGGGGCAUGAAAAUGCCACUGCCGAGAAUGGUCCCUGGAUGAUCACAUUAGAUGCUCCAAGUUUUCUCGCUGUCAUGCAACAUUGUAAAAACCGAUCAUUGCGUGAAGAAAUUUACCGUGCUUAUAUAACUCGUGCUUCUAGUGGUGAUCUAGAUAAUACAUCAAUCAUUGAACAGAUUUUGAAGCUUAGAUUGGAGAAGGCCAAGCUUCUUAAUUACAGUAACUUUGCUGAGGUAAGCAUGGCAAGAAAAAUGGCAACUGUUGAAAAAGCAGAAGAACUUCUGGAAAAGCUUCGCAGUGCUUCAUGGGGUCCUGCAGUUCAAGAUCUUGAAGACCUUAAGAAUUUCUCCAAGAAGCAAGGGGCAUUAGAAGCUGAUGAUUUGAGCCACUGGGACAUGACCUUUUGGAGUGAGAGGCUUCGUGAGUCAAAAUAUGACAUCAAUGAGGAAGAAUUGCGUCCAUAUUUCUCAUUACCAAAGGUUAUGAAUGGGCUUUUUGACCUUGCAAAGACACUUUUUGGAAUUGAAAUUGCGUCUGUCGAUGGUCAGGCUCCGGUUUGGAACAAGGAUGUUAGAUUCUACUGCAUCAAAGAUAUUUCGGGUAAACCUGUUGCAUACUUUUAUUUUGAUCCAUAUGCUAGACCCUCAGAGAAAAAAGGAGGUGCGUGGAUGGAUGAGGUUGUUGGUCGAAGUCGUGUGUUGUCGCGUGAUGGCACAUCUGCAAGGUUGCCUGUGGCUCACAUGGUGUGCAAUCAGACACCACCAGUGGGAAAUAAGCCAAGUUUAAUGACCUUCCGUGAGGUAGAGACUGUCUUCCAUGAAUUUGGUCAUGCACUACAGCACAUGCUGACUAAGCAGGAUGAGGGUUUGGUUGCUGGUAUUCGAGGAGUUGAAUGGGAUGCUGUUGAAUUGCCGUCACAAUUCAUGGAAAACUGGUGUUAUCAUAGGGAUACUUUAAUGAGUAUAGCAAAACAUUAUGAAACUGGGGAAAGUCUUCCUGAAGAAGUAUAUCUGAAGCUUCUUGCUGCUAAGACUUUCCGUGCAGGGUCUCUUAGUCUUCGUCAGAUUAAAUUUGCAAGUCUGGAUUUGGAGCUGCAUACAAAGUAUGUUCCCGGUGGUUCAGAAUCCAUUUACGAUAUUGAUCGCAAGGUUUCUGAAAGAACACAAGUGAUCCCUCCACUGCCUGAAGACAGAUUCCUUUGCGGUUUUAGCCAUAUAUUUGCAGGUGGUUAUGCAGCUGGGUACUACAGCUAUAAGUGGGCUGAGGUUUUGUCAGCGGAUGCCUUCUCUGCAUUUGAGGAUGCUGGAUUGGAUGACAUCAAGGCUGUCAAAGAAACAGGUCACAAAUUCAGAGAAACUGUCCUUGCUCUUGGAGGUGGAAAAGCGCCGCUAGAGGUAUUCAUAGCAUUCCGAGGCCGCGAACCUUCACCAGAGGCACUACUUAGGCACAAUGGACUUUUAGAUGUUGCAGCCUUUGCUUGAUUUCCAAUGUUGAUGAUCAGCUGUGAAAUGGAGCUGCAGGCUUGUUUGUGUGGUUUUCUAAUCGUCGAGCACACCGGUGAUUGUAAAAACCAGCCAGCCAUGAAUUCUGAAUUGGGUAAGUGUGGAAAUAACUGCCUGGAAUAUUCUUAAGAAGUAGCAGCAAUCGUCUGAACACGUUGCCUUACAAUCUUCAACUUUAAAAGCUAAAACUCUAAGGGGAUGUCUGGCACUUGUCUUAAUUAAUGUUUGGUCAACCAUCGUUUGCAAUAAUAGAGCAUAGCAUUGCAAGUGCAUAGAAGAAUAUAAUGAAAAGGAAAUUUUUUUAA